GAACACUAAUAAUCGAAAAAGAAAAAACCUCCCUAAGAAAAGGAGGAAUAAUCAUACAUAAAUUUUGGAUUUCGCACGUAGCCACCCACAGAGGACAAAACAAAGAAGAGAAAGAAGAAGGGACCUUAAGUUUCGAGAUCUUGUCAGAUCGGAACGCGGUUGCAACGGACACCCAGAUUCUGAUUUUGUGCACAUUCUUCUUCCUUGGACCACGUUGGACUCUGUAAUUUGCCUUUUGAUUUGUCUGGGCUCCGUUCAAAUUUGCAUGCGUGUUAUUCCCGGAAUCGUGCCUUCAAAUUCCUCUCCUACCGCUUUUCUACGGUUACGGGUCAAAACACAUUCAAAGUCGCUGUCUUUCUUUUCAAAAUAAAAAAGCACCAUGGGAAGGGAAGUUACUGGCUUACAGGUUAUGGACAAGAAGCCGAAUGGUUCCGUAGCAGCUUCAAAUGGUAGUUUAAGUGAUAGAAUGCGUGUUUCUCCCAAAAUUGCAGCAAUGGUUCAAGCAAUGGAUCAUGAUAUAAAGGAAUCUACGGAAGCUAAUCCUUUCGGGAAACAUCACGAGAGGAAAGAUGUUUCAAGUGGCAAAAGCCCAAAAUUAAAUGUUGUCUUGCCAGAAGAGAAGAAGAGUGAGAAACCUGAAAUACAGAAGGUGGAUGAUAAUAAAGAGUUGAGUUCUCCUGUUGUGGAUAAAGAGCUUCCAAGCCCCUCUGCUCCCCCCUCUGCUCCACAACCCUCUGAUCAGGUAACUGAAAAGCAUGUCACUCAUGCACCUGCUGCCGAUACUGAAGCUGCUGCAACUGGUCUGAGCUUGUCUCCUAUAGCUAACAACAUUCCUUCCCCUAAUUCCUCUAAGAAUUCACAGCCAAGCUCACCUUUUUCACCAAGGAAGUCCUUGCAUUAUGAUGAUAAGAAGCACCUCGAUGAUGAAGAUAAUUGGUCUGUUACCUCCUCUAGCGUUGCAUCUGCACGCAAUGCCAAAUGUAAGGUAACUGUUGGUUCAGCUCCUAACUUUAGAUGCUCGGACCGUGCAGAGAAACGGAGAGAGUUUUAUAUGAAGUUAGAGGAGAAGCAUCGAGCUCUUGAAGAAGAAAAAAGCCAGUAUGAGGCAAGGAAAAAGGAAGAGGAUGAUGCUGCCAUUAAACAGUUGAGAAAGAACCUAGUCAUUAAGGCAAAACCAGUACCAAGCUUCUACUAUGAUGGGCCACCCCCCAGGACUGAACUCAAGAAGCUUCCACUGACCCGCCCCAAGUCACCAAAACUGUCCCGGAGAAAGAGCUGUGGUGAUGCUGCCAAUGUAUCUACUACUACUACACAAAUUUGUACUGUAGGACGACGCAGUGUCGACAUGAACACGAAACAUCAUAGCCCUGCCCCUAGAACUAAGGACACUGUCACUGCACGGAAGAGCAAUGGCAGUUUCAAAAGCAAAGAACGACCAAAACUGGAUAAGGAAACAGCUCCUAAAAUCACAGAGCAGACAAAUGCAGACAUAUCAGUCCAAUCAUGAGCUUCCCAAGAUUUUACUGACCUCCAGCUGAGAGGAAAAUGGCCUUCAUUUUCCUUUGUCGCACCAUAUGGAUAAUCUGCAGAAAAGAUGGCCUAAUUUUCUUUUCAUCCGGACUGACAUUUUCAUGUGGUUUGUUUUUACUUGAAGUGUAUAUGUUUUGUAAGUUAUAUCGGCACACAUUGUUUUAUAUAUAAAUAGUUAUUGAUGUAAGAUGUAUGUACGAAAUUUGAUAUUCCUCAGAUUGCACCACCAGACUUGGUAAGGAAAAUUUUAUGAAAUAUAUUACUUUUUUUUGGUAGGA